GGUGCGCUUUGUUGUGUUAUUUAUAUUAUUUGUUUAUUUUUAUAGAAACAAAAAUUUUAAUAAAUUUAAAUGAAAUGAAAAUGAGCUACAAAUUUAAUUCCACUGUUGUUUGUGAUACUUUAUAAAUUCUUUCGUGUUCUGCUGUCCUUUUCCCAAGUUUCAUUUCAAACUUUAACUCUUCUGAUGUUUAAUUGUGUGAACUAAUUUUAUUCAAAUAAAUACAAUAAACAAAUUACCAGCUAAACAAUAGCAGUAGCGGUGUGGUUUGAAUUAAAAUUAGAAGCUCCCAUGGUUUAGUCACUGAAUACACAAAAAUGAUGAUUAUAAGUACCUACUCAAAUAUUAUCAAAAUACAUUAAUAUUUCACUAUUUUAGAAGCUUAUAGUAUUUAAUAUGGCAGCUUCAGCUACAGAUAUAGAGGAGUUUUUAGGGGGCCCCCUUGUCAAGUGGCUUGCAACAUGUAUUAAAAAGCCUGAUAGCCUUCAAGUGUAUGAAACCUAUUUUGACGGAACUGCUAUUAAUGAAGUUCUGCUCCAAAUCGAUCCAGAACCAUCUCUUCCAGUACCUACUACCUCUAAUUUACAAGGGUUGAACAUAACAGCAGCAAGAAUCAAAAUUUUUCAUUGCAUAAUUAGAAAUAUUAAAAGUAUUUAUGAAGAUGAGCUGGGGCAGGUUGUGGUUAGUCUUCCAGAUUGUGUUACAUUAGGAAGGGCACCAGCUUCAGAAUCAUCCUUAGAGCAACUAAAGUUACUUAUAUUGUUGUUACUAGGCUGUGCUGUACAGGGGCCGACAAAAGAAAUAUUUAUUAGCAGAAUUAAAGAGUUAGAUGUUGAUGCGCAACAUGAUAUUGUAGAGUGCAUUAAACAGGUAACUGAUGGCCAAGAUCUGGUUUUAACACUUGAUUGGACAGAACAGGCUCCUGACAAAUUAUAUUCUCAUGUUAGAACAUUAACCUCUGAAAGAGAUAAACUUUUGCAACAAUGGGUAACAGAUUUAGGUCAAGAAAAUAUAAACAUCACAAAUCCAAAAGCUGGACAAGAAGGGGUAGAAUCAAAUCAUUGGGCUGUAGAAAUGGCUGACUGGAAAGCGAGGUUAAGAAAGCAGAGACAAGAACUAGAAGAAAAAACAGAACUACUUGCAGAAUAUAAAGAAGAGUUAGAACAUGCAACCAGUCUGGUAACAAAAUUAAAGGCAGAAAAUGCAGAGUUGUUAAUUGAAGCCCGCAAAGUGAAAGCAUAUAGAGAUGAAGUAGAUGUAAUAAAAGAAAGAGCUGAACGAGCAGAUCGACUGGACCUAGAAAUCCAACGUUAUAGAGAAAGAUUGGCUGAUUCAGAGUUUUAUAAAGUGAGAGUGGAAGAAUUGCGUGAAGACAAUAGAGUCUUAUUGGAAACCAGAGAAAUGUUGGAACAACAGUUGAUUAGAGCUAGAGAAAGAGCUGACCAUGUAUUGGAGCUUGAAGGAGAAUUACUUCAUUGCAAGCAAACCAUCAAUGAUGUCAUUCUGGAACGAGAUGCCGCUAAAGAAAAAAUCCAAGAGCUUAUCGAUGAAAAUCUUCAGUUACAACAAGUAACAAAAUCCGCCCUUCAAGAGGCUAGUUUAGGUAACAUUAGCAUAGAUUCCGAUCUGGAGGAAUCGAAUUCCGGUGAUAAUAGUCUGUCGGAGCAAUUAACGAGCAAUGCACAAGCGAGAGCAUUAAAAUUAGAAUUAGAAAAUAAACGUCUUUUAAGUACCAUAGAUUCUUUAAAAGAAACGAACUUCCAGGAGAGCGCCAACAAGAUUUUAGACUUGGAGAAAGAAAAGAAAAAACUGUUGUUAAAAUGCGAACAGCUGCAAGAAAACUGUGAAAGGCUUACUCAGCAAAACACUGAGUUGGAAAAUCUGUUUAAAAAUGCCAUUCAAGAGAAUAGAAAAAUACAAAAUGGUAUGGAUUCGCUGAAAAUUGUUUCAGACCGUCAAAUCCAAGAAAUUCAAAAUGGAAAAACCAGAAUAGCGGAUCUAGAGAAAAAUAUCGAUAACUUAUCCAAGGAAAAACAACGGAUCCAAAGUUUAUGUGACGUGGUAAAAAAACGAGCAGACGAUGCUGAGAAAAGCUUAAACCAAGUUUCCGAGCAGUUACAGACACUUCAGGUGGAGGUAGAAAAAGGUCGUCAAGCGGAAAAACUAGGAACAGAACUUCAAGAAAAAGUCAACUCCUUAGAAAAAGAAAAUGCCAAUCUACAAAAAGAAGUGACUAAAUUGAAACAAAUUACAGAAGAAAAGGACGUAACGCUUGAUAAAAGCCUGGAAGAAAAGCAAAAAUACGAAAAGGAAAUUCAAAAACUACAGUUGGAAGCUACGAAUUUAGUAUCGCAAAUAGAAAAACUGCAGGAUUUUGAGCAAAAGGCAACAGAGCUGAUAUCGCAAGCUUCUGUACAUUCUGAAACAAUUGCUACAUUACAAAGGGAUUUGAUUAAUGAGAAGGUCAACAACGAAAAAUUUAAAACGAGCUUAGAUAAACUAGGACUCAAUUUGGAUAUAUUAGACAAUGAUAUCAAUAUAAUAGUAGAAAAAUUGCUCGAAAAUACCGAUAUAUCAAAAAGCAUUCAUACUGUUUUAAAGAAAAAGAAUAUUGUUAGCGAGGCUCUUUGCAAGACUUGCAACUUAGAAGAAGAGGCCGUAAAACAGGUAAUUAAGAGGUGUAUUUUAAAGUAAACUUAACGUCAAAUGAAACUUUAUUUUCAGGCCGAAAAAAUGGCUCAAUCGAUGAACUCUGAGUGGAUGCAGCAAUGUGAUAAAUUAAACGCCGAUAUAGCUACGCUCCAUUCGAUAAAUGAUACCCUUCAAAACGAAAAUGCGACCCUAAAAGUAGACAUUUCCACCUUAAAAUCACAAGUUCAUUCGUUACAGGCUCAACAAACAGCUUUACAGUUAGCUAACAGUCAGUUAGCAGCUGAAAAAGAAGAGCUAUUUAAGCAACAAGAGCAAAGCAAAUAUGACAAAGAAUCUAUAUUAGAAGACCAAAAAACUUUAAGAAAACUGCAUGAGCAACUAAAUAUGGAAUACGAGUCCUUAAAAGUAGAUCAAGAAAUUUUAAAAAAGACUAACAGAGAUCUGAGAUCUGAAGUCAGGUGCUUAAAAGAACAAAACGAUUGCUUAGAAGUGAAAGUUUCUAAUAGUGAGUUAGAAAAAGACAGUCUCAGGACCGACACUAUGAAUUUGAAUAAUUUACGAGCUGAACAUUCCAAAUUAAAAGAUGAUUUUAGAAAUUUAUUUACUGCCAGUGAAAGAUUAAAAGCCGAAUAUAGAAACGUUCAGGAGGAACUAAAAACGCUAAGGAUUGAGUCUAGAAGUUUAAGGUUAAACCAAACGGAAAUCCAGGGAGAACUUAAUUCUCGAUCUGAUCGGGUAGCAGGGUUACAGUUGGAAAAUGCAAGAUUACAGCAAAAAUGUGAUAUGCUUUUCGAAAUGAACCACUCGCUGGAUUGUGAUAGAAGAUCUCUUAUGGACAAUGUAUCCCAGCUGCUAACGCAGUACCACGCUUUAUUAACUCACUCCUUGGAAGACAAGCAACAUUAUCACUCAGAAGAAAAACUUUAUACAGAUAAAGUGAAUAACCUGUGCAGGCAAAAAGAGAAACUUGAAGAAAAAAUUAUGGAGCAUUAUAGAAGAUUGGAUAAUGCCUCUAACAAAAAGAAAGGGUUUGGGGCUACACUGGUAAGAAGAGUAAGAAAAGCCGGUUCAGAUAUAAUGAACAAAGUUCCUAGGAAUCGUCGGUCUUGGCACGAAGAGGCAACCAGACUAAGUCAAUCACAAUUUACCCUGACGGGACCUGGUUCGGGAGAGUCAGACAACCGAGAUUCGGACAGGGAUUCAACAGAGGACACACCGAUGGUCAACGUUGAACGUAAGGCUCCGAAUUUGGAACCAUUUAGGAGGAACACAAGUGCUACGGGAAGUCUGAGGGGCCAGAAACCCAGGGAUGAAGUUGCGCUUAGAAGGUCACAUCGUGAUUUAAGCGUGCACAGAAGUAGUAUAGCAGGCGAUCAAGUAUUUAACAGGGAACAAGGCAGCGCCCUAAGUUUGGGUUCCGUUGGUUCCCGUCGAACAGUAUACCUUUCUGAAGAUGAUACCGUUCCUGUUUCAUCUGAGACACCUCCUGCGACUAUUCCUACCAAUCAAAAUAAUUCCAAUCCGCCAUUAUUGGUGUAUAACCGAAUAUCUACUGUAAUAGGUGCAGAUUCUUCACAGGCCCAAGUUCGGAGACCAUCGACACCCCAAAACUCAUUACCGCCCCAGCCGGUAGCCUCAACAGAAGAAAAUGCUAACCUAGCAAACUCUACUAAGAAAGAAAAAAAUGCCAAGGAAACUGCUAUUUGGUAUGAGUAUGGAUGUGUUUAGAUUAAAUAUUCAGGUUUUAAUUUUUCAUAAUUUUUUUAAAAUUGUUUUUUGUGUUGGAAUCCUACCAGAAACUCGAUAUCGAAAGGCAUAAAUAACUCCAAAAAUAAUGAACUACCGGCUUGUUAAUUUUUAAUCAGUUAUUCUUAAAAUAAUGCCGUAUUAAUAUAAAGUGGUAGUUUUAUCAUUUUAGUUUGGAUUGAAAAUAAUAUAUAUAUUUAUAUAUAAACCGAAGGAUUGUGAAUUAGUUAGUUUAUUUAUAGUAAAGCCAACAUCAUUUUGUUGUCUGCCAACAACUAUGGCUUCCGAAAUCGUGAUAUAAAUGCGUCUUCUGUAAAGCAGCUUUAUUUUUUCUUGUAUUGUACAAUAAGCACAAAUUACUAUUGAAACCAUGUUGUGGUGACCUUUUAUUGCUUUUUGAUAAUUAUGGUCCAAAACGUGUUCUUUUAAAAAUGGUAUAGUAAUGAUUUUAUCAGUUUUUUUAUUAGAUUAGUAAUGUUUAGUACCUUUAAUGAUAUAACGUCAAAAUAUUUUGAAAUGUACUUUUUUUACUUACUUAAGUUAAACAUGGUAGCUGUGAUAAACUUUUUUUACGGGAUUAGCUCGUAUUAAAAAAAUUAAUUUAAAAAAAGUAAUAAAAUACUUACACCCAACAAGCAUAUAAAGGACAAAAAUUAUCAAAAAGUACCAACCCUUAGUAUUUUAUUAAUUUACCAUUUUUCUUAGUUUUUUGUAGAUUUAAGUCACUCGCAUUAGUUACUAACCUUAAUUUAAUUCAUAUAAACACGUAGAUGCCAUUAAUUAGUUUCAGUACUUAUAUAUUUUAAGACUACAUAUAUGUAUUGGUUCAUUUCAUAUGCCCGGUUUUAAAUUUUAUGGAUUGAAAAAAACAAAUAAGCAUAACUUUCAAUUAUGUGUUUUUUCCAAUCCUUAAACAGAAUUACUUUUUAGAAAGGUAUAUGUAGCCCAGUUUAAUUAAUCAGUAUUUUUUAUUAUUUGAUCUCAAAUUUUUGACAACGAGCUUUGCGACAAUGAAUGUUUUUAAAUGUACGCAUGUUAAAAGGUAUUGAACUUCAAUAGAUUGUAAGAAUAUAUCUGAUCUUAGUAAUAAUCUUGGUUUUCUAUGGUAAAAUAUUCAUGGUAAAAAAUUUCAUAUGGGUUCAUAUCAAGUUAAUUUUUUAACGCACUAUGAUGACCAACAGGAAAUAUAAAUUGAAAUCUAUCUUAAGUAUUUACAUUCAGAUAUUGAAGUUAAACACCUUCAGCGACUUAACUUUAGAAUAUAACGUUAGUAGUAGCGUUCUGCUAUGCACAGAGCAGUUAAAAAAUAAUAAUUUCACCGAGCCAAUUUUGUAUUGUAUUUUUGUACUUAAAUAAGGCCUUAACUAUACAAUUUACCAAUCGAUAGUAAUUUAUUGUUAUUAAUUUAUUAGACCCUGUUAGGGCGCAUUUUCCAUUUCGGGAUAGAUGGCGUUAGAUGUAUCCUAAAAAUUCUGAAAUAAAAAUGUUCUCUAUUUUUUCACUUUGCCCUAAAAGUGAUAAUAUUGUUUACCCAUCAAUAUUUGAAGCAACGUUGUGUUAUGCAUUUAUACCAUAUUUAAAGAUUUUUAAUUGUAGACAAAUAAAAUAAAUGCACUUUAUUGUAAAAA